AUGACCUUCCGACGGAUCGCUAUCGCUGGAGCUUCGGGGUUUCUUGGUCGAAAGAUUAUUGAACAGCUUUCCCUUGUUGUUGACAUCACUCGAUUGACUAUCUUGACCCGAUCGAAGCAGCCAGUCAAAACUUCCAAUAAUUCCAUACUAUCGUUCGUAUCAAUUGUGUCCUACGAGGACACCGAGGCUCUCGCCAAUGUCCUUCAAGGGCACGACCUUCUAAUAUCAACCAUUGCUGGGGCUGCAGCUGGCAUGAUAGACGCAAUAUUGGCCGAAGCAGCAGUCAUGGCCGGUGUCAGACGAUUUAUGCCUUCUGAAUACACUGUAGAUGUUCUUCAUCCACACUCCAUCGCCUUCGCUGGAUCUACGAUCUUAGCUACCAAGCUUGCCAACGCAAGGAAACUCCAAACAUUAGCUUCUGAGGGCAAAAUUGAGUACACCACUUUGGUGACGGGAGCAUUCUUGGAUUUCUGGCUCUCGAAGGCUGUCAAAGGCAUCGUGGAUCUCGACAGUCACACAGUGAUGUUGUAUGACGGAGGUGAGCAUCAAGUGACAGGAUGUACCACGGACUUCAUUGCUCAAUGCGUUCGUGCUGUUGUCACCAUGCCCGAAGAUGCAACCAGGAACUCGCGAAUAAGGAUAGCUGAGGUACAGUUCAGUGGGAAGCAAUUACUGGGCAUUCUCGAAGAAGUGACGGGCGAGCAGUGGACUGGCGUCCACAAGGAUACCGAUGCUCUCGUGACCGAAUCACUCAUAGCGCUCAAGGGAGGUGAUACGAGAAGCUUCUAUGUUGGCCAGAUUCUCAAGUUGGGGUUUGACGGAGAAGGAUCAUGCUACUUCGAAGAGGGAUUGACACACGGGGAAGAUGAGGUUCAAAGAUUAUCUUUGAACGAUAUUGUCCGACACAGUCUCGCCACCCGUUGA